AAAAAAUAUCCGCUAAAUGGAAGAUACAGAAUGGAUUACCAAAAGAAUGGAGUUUAUUAAGAUAAGUUUCACUCAUCCAGCCUGAAAAAGAGAGCAAUACAUGCUUAAAAUCCGCAAAAAAGCCCGCCAAACAUGAUUUGCCAAAAAUCGGACUGAAAUCCUUCCUCCCCAUCUCCCGGCCCCAAAUCCCCUCAAACUCCCCAAAUACACCCCUUUCGACCCAAAAACCCAAAAUCUCUCCAAAAUCCUCCCUCACCUCUCUAACCCCUCCUUCUGCCAUAGUGCUCUCCAAGACCCCCAAUUGCACCUCUUCCUAUCAAAAUCCCUCCAAACCCCUCACUGACCGGCGACCCUCAGCCUAAUCCUAAAAGCUCUACUUGCAAUCGCCAAAAUCCACCCUCCCUUCACUCCAAAAGCUGAAAUCCUGCUUGGAAUCUUCAGAAAGUCCUUAAGCCAGAUUUGGGGAGAACUAAGCGAAGACAAAGGAAAUUUAGUAGAUUGUGAAAUUUAUUUGGAGAUUUUGGGGGAUCUGGUGGGUAUUUUUAAGAAUUUUGAGGUAACAGAGACUGAAUUUCACGUACAACUUGGCAAGAUAGUACGGGAGAUAGCCAAGGAAGAGACUGGACUAAAAUUUGAAACUACUCAGUACCCGGACUGGAGGACGGAGUUUUGUAAAAAGUAUUUGGAGAUGGUGAAAAGUACUGUAGAGGUGGUCAAGACACCCCCUUUUGAUGUAGUCAUCGAAAUUCUGGACUCAAUAGAAGAGAUACUGGGGUUUGCGAUGAGAAAAUCCCCUCAACUCAUUUCUUAUAGCUUAAAAUGCUAUAUUGCGAUUUGUACUGAUUCUUAUGGGUCAAAAGAGUUCCGAGAGAGGAAAUCGAGAGUUCAGCAGUUGGUUGAGGUUGAAAAGAUUAUCAAGAACUCUUCAGAAUUGGAUGGAAAGGAGAUGCUGAUGUUAAAAUACUUACACCACUUAACAGAGCAAGCGACCUAACCAAGCAGCAUGAGCCACAAAAUUCCUACUCCAAGUCAACCACCGCACAAACUAAAAUCUAAGUAUCAAUCUU